AUGGCAUCUGCUUUUCCAAAAUUGCCAGGUUUUGUACCCACACAAGAGAUUGAUGUAAUUUAAUUGACUUGAAUUAGAAACCAAACUUCAGAAAAGUGUCUUCAACAAAAUAAGAAUAGAAUAGAGAAGUGAAUCAUCUUCCAAAUAAGGAAUAUGCAGUACCUCGUAAAUAACCAAUUCAAAUACCUCCUCAAACAGGGAUGUUCAAUCCUGAUUAUAUGAGUACAACUCAUGCUAUGCAUCUUCCGAAAGUACAAAAAACAGUUACACUCCUAGAAUGUAAACAAUGAUUCUGAAGAAUUGUAUUAACCAUCCUGGGUCAAAAUGGAUAGACAUGUUCUACGAUUCAGUGGAUAUUUCAAAGAGGCUGUUGUUGAGUCUGCACUUGAAAAUUACAGGAUUCGCAAAAUCACAAUCUGCUACUACCUUGAGGAUCAUUCAUUAAGCAUAACAGAACCAAAGUAAGAGAAUAGUGGAGUCCCCCAAGGAGCCUUUUUAAAGAGAUAGAAAGUAUGCGUGUUCAAAUAUUGAUAGGUCUUGCGCGCUGAUGAUUCCAAGACCUUUAUUCUCCCUGAAGAUUUCAGAAUUAAUCAAGACAUCAUAAUUUUUGGCAAGACCAUCCGUCUCUAUGAUUGCGAUCAAUACACAAGGGAGUUUUACGAGGUAUGAUAUCUCCAUGACUUUCGUCUAGUUAUAGGGAAUACCUCAAGAGGCCUCGUUUGUUCCAUAAUCUGACUCAUUUGAAACUAAGACAAUGACAAAGUUCAUUCCUCAGAAGGACACUGUGAUGAAAGAUUACUUAGAACAUAAAUUGGGAGGUGGUCGAGUGACAUCUUAAAAACAAUUUUUAGAGAAUGACAGAAAGGUUUCAAGUUAAAUUAGUUUAAUCUAUAGGUUCUUAAAUUCUAUGUGUUCUCAGAUAUCGAAUAUAUCCUUCAUUACUAUCUAGCAGAUGAUACCAUUGAAAUCAAGGAAAUCAACUCAGCCAACUCUGGAAGAGUUCCAUUCCCAAUGAUGUUGAGAAGAUAAAAGUUACCCAGAAAGUUUUCAUUGAAUCAACCAGGACAAACAUAUGCUGAGGAUUUCAUAAGACCAUAAGAUAUUUAAUUUGGACAACCUCUAAUUAUUUAUAAUCGCAAGUUCUUCAUCAAUGGAUGUGAUCAAUUCACUAGAUACUACUAUUUUGAGAAGUUCAAUGUAGACUUCCCAUUAGGAGGACAGGAAGAACAAGUGCAAUAAGAAAGAUCAAGUAAUAACAAACAAUUAAAAUCUAUUUAGAUAUCAUUAUCCCCCCUCACAAUGGUAUUGGAGAUGAACAGGAUUCACUUGGAUACAUUUACAGAUUGUAACCCAUACCACCAAAGAAGGAUUUCUUCAAAUGGGUUGACAACUAAGUCAAUCUUAGAUUUCUGGCCAUGUUCAACACAACCAAACCAGAGGACAAGGAUAGAGUAUUUGUAAUCACUUUCUUUUUAAAUGAUGACAGUCUUUUGGUCUAUGAACCAACAGUGCGAAACUCAGGUAUGUGAUGUUCUAAUACUUAUUAGGAAUUCCUGAUGGGAAGUUCUUGGAAAAGAGGAAGUACAAAAAUGUCAAUAACAACAAUGAGUUUUUCACUCCAAAUGAUCUUAUAGUUGGGAAUGAGGUUGUAAUAAAUGGUUGGAAAUUCUAGUUGCUUGAUUGUGAUGAGUUUACCAAGAAAUGGUAUGCUCAAAACUUCAAAUGAGAUUUAUAAAAUAAAUAAUUUC